AUGAUCUCUGCCAGAAAUUUCGUUGCCCCGGCCCGCCAAUGCCUGCGGACAACACGUGUGUCUCCAAGCUUUGCUUCACCUCUAUCGCAGCUGCGCGGUUACGCCUCAGCUGCUGACGAACGGGUCGCCAAGUUCAAGGGACAGAAGGGUCCUGAUGGAAAAUACACAGUCACACUGAUUGAGGGUGACGGUAUCGGUCCUGAGAUUGCGCAGUCCGUGAAGGAUAUUUUUGCUGCCGCAAAGGCCCCCAUCAAGUGGGAGCCCGUCGACGUUACUCCCAUCCUGAAGGACGGAAAGACCGCUAUCCCCGAGGAAGCCAUCAAGAGUGUGCAGAAGAACUAUGUCGCCCUCAAGGGUCCUCUUGCUACUCCCGUCGGCAAGGGUCACGUUUCCCUCAAUCUUACUCUCCGUCGUACUUUCAACCUGUUUGCGAACUUGCGUCCCUGCCGCUCGGUCGCGGGUUACAAGACUCCUUACGACAACGUCGAUACUGUUCUGAUCCGUGAGAACACCGAGGGUGAAUACUCUGGCAUUGAGCACGUUGUCGUCGAUGGUGUCGUCCAGAGCAUCAAGCUCAUCACCAGAGAAGCUUCCGAGAGGGUUCUCCGUUUCGCCUUCCAGUACGCUCGUUCGGUCAACAAGAAGAAGGUCCGUGUCGUGCACAAGGCCACCAUCAUGAAGAUGUCCGAUGGUCUGUUCCUCAACACUGCCCGCGAAAUCGCCAAGGAGUUCCCCGAUAUCGAGUUUGAUGCUGAGCUGCUGGACAACUCUUGCCUGAAGAUCGUUACCGAUCCCACUCCUUACAAUGACAAGGUCCUCGUCAUGCCCAACCUAUACGGUGACAUUCUGUCCGAUAUGUGCGCCGGUCUGAUCGGUGGUCUCGGCCUCACUCCUUCCGGUAACAUUGGCGACGAGUGCUCGAUCUUCGAGGCCGUUCACGGCUCUGCUCCCGACAUUGCUGGCAAGGGUCUCGCAAACCCUACUGCUCUGCUCCUGUCCAGUAUCAUGAUGUUGCAGCACAUGGGUCUCACCGAGCACGCUGCUCGUAUUCAAAAGGCCACUUUCGACACCCUCGCUGAGGGCAAGACUCUCACUGGUGACCUGGGAGGCAAGGCCAAGACCCACGAGUAUGCUGAGGCUAUCUGCAAGCGCCUGUAA